AAAAAAUAAUAAUAAUAGAAAAUAAUCAAAAUUGUACAAGAGACAUUGUGAGCGUGCUGCAAGAUCAAUUAAUCUACACAACAACAAAACAAAAGCUCGGUUCGGGGUCGCGUUACAUAACAAGAGAUUGAUCCAGAAAUCUUAAAUCCGUUACGAGCAUUCCAGCAAUUCAGCCAUAAGGUUUUGAGCGGACGGACAUUGGAAGGCCGGCGUCUACAGACACACACACACACGUAUACCUCUACACAUACACUCAAACCUUACCUUCAAAGAAUGGCGGCCUACUUACCCCGUGGAGAUUGGCAAGAGGAGGAGGAAAGACCUCGCGAAAACAAUCGUGGCGCACGACACAAUGAAAGACGUGAUGGCAAUCGCCAGGAAAGAGGACAUCCUGGAGCGGACCGGGACUUGCAACGUGGGCGUGGUCGUCCAAGUACAUGGCAGUAUUCAUGUGGUCUUUGCCAAGAUGACCACGCUCUUAACUCAUGCCAGCGCUUUCGAGACAAAACCCCGUACCAACGGUACGAAACAGUGGAAAGGAGAGGCUAUUGUAGAAAUUGCCUGGCAAGAAGUCACCUAGCGCCAGACUGUACAAGCCUCACAGGGUGCCGCCGUUGUCAUGAUCGUCAUCACACCCUACUCCAUGGGGCCCCUCAACUCGAAGAGGCACCCCUCAAUAUAGACGUGCCUGUGACACCGCCCCGCUUCUUAUGGGACAUUGUUUUUGUGCCGACGGCCAUUAUACGCAUAACCGGUGAAGACGUCGACAGUUGGGCUUCUGUGCGAGUCCUGGUAAGCCAGUCCUCUAUAAUGUCCAGAAUCGCGUAUGCGACGUUCCGCCGGCUUGGUCUUCGAACGUUUUUGUACCAAGGUAAACGAUUUGCUAGCUUUAAAAUUAUGUCUCGCCAACCCACUAGCACUUGGGCGUUAAAGGUCAACGCGCUCAUCACGGACGAGCUGCCAAGACAACCCUAUUCCGACCCUCUUCUUCACGACCCGACCCGUGAUUUAACUGAUAGCUCACUAGCUGACCCGGACCCGAGAAGCAAUGUUCCUAUCGAUCUAGAGCUUGGUGCAGAUACAUACUCUGCAAUACAUAGAGAAGGUCGCAUAUUUACCGGACUUGGUGACGUCAACGCCUAUAGGACGGUACUGGGAUACAUCAUAUCCGGCCCUAUUCGGAAUCUAAAUCAAUAAGGCUUCCAUCGUCAUACUUACUUAGCCCUUAAAAUCUUGGAAUGUAACACUUGGUCAUGGGGGGCGGAAUGUUCAUGGUUGUGCUAUUUUUUUUAUCAUAGCUGCUGUGCUAGCUAAACGCAACAGGUAUGUGCCUAGCGGUCUGUCAUGUAAAACACACACGCACUCAUACCAACGUGCGUAUAUGCAGUCGCUGGGUACAUACUUGUUUGUUGUUAUUCAGCCAAACAAAUGUUCAUCGCCAACCACUGGCAGAUGAUAUUCUUUUCUUUUUGGUAAUUAUUCGAAGUCAAGCUUAACUCCCGUACGCAUAUAAACCCCCGCGACCAAGAAAAAAAAAGAACAACA